CAGACCCUCUCAAUCGAGCUGUGUUGAUGUCGGCCAUUGCUGUGGUCACAUAAGUGUUGUAUCAAGGGGGCAAAACCAGCUACGCUUUGAAGAUGUUUACGUCUUCUGCAAUUCGAUCUGCUGUUUCCCUAACGGCUAGGCAGGUCAGGAGCGUUCACCGGUCUGCUGCCAGAGCUGGAGCUGGGGGCAUCUUCGUGCACCGAGAUACCCCUGUAAACAACCCUGACACUCCCUUUGAGUUCACAGCGGAGAACCUGAAGAGGAUUGAUGCUAUCGUUAGUAUGUACCCCGAGGGCCACAAGCAGGCCGCCACCAUCCCCGUGUUGGACCUGGCUCAGAGACAGCAUGGAUGGCUCCCCAUCUCAGCCAUGAACAAGGUGGCCGAGGUGCUUGAGGUCCCUCCGAUGAGGAUCUAUGAGGUAGCGACGUUCUACACCAUGUUCCUGAGGCAGCCGGUGGGCAAGUACCACAUCCAGAUCUGCACUACAACUCCCUGCAUGCUUUGCGACUCCGACAGCAUCCUGGAGGCCAUCCAGAACAAACUGGGCAUCAAGGUAGGAGGGAUGACGUCAGACAAGAUGUUCUCUCUAAUAGAGGUGGAGUGUCUUGGUGCCUGUGUUAACGCCCCCAUGGUCCAGAUCAACGACAACUACUACGAAGACCUGAGUCCAAAAGACAUGGAUCAGAUCAUCGAUGAGCUGAAA